GAUGUAUUGUGAGGUCGAGCGUGACGUCGGAGUGGAGGUGGUCGGAGGCCCACAUCAGUGUCUGGUCGCCCUCUGGCAGUCACAACCAUACCAUCCUCACUAUCCAAGUCAACCUGGGUGAUGGCUACCCAGAGAAUUAUGACACCAUUACUUUCACUACAAACAACAUUAGUUUCACUCGCAUCAGUGCCCAUAUAUAUAAAGAAUCUACAACACGCGCCCUGCCUGCAGCUGUGAGGCCCGGGUGGCAGGAGUUGAUCUUCAGAGUGACGACGCAGUAUGAAGUAGUCUCCCCCGCCAUCAACACCACAUUCAACAACACCAGAUCUCAACACUUGCCCAUCAGGAGCAUUACGUUUACCGGCAGCAACCUCACACUCGACUGUCAUGAAAAGGUGCGGGUGUGGAGGGUGGACGGGAAGCCGGUGGUGGUGCCUCUAGACAGCUCUCUACACUACUGGAUCACCACCUACGCGAAGACAGAGUCGUCCCCAAGAUUAACGCUGGGAGAGAGGACCAUUAAUCUGGGCUGGGACCACAAUAGCCUGACCACACUGGGACGCAACACGGCUCCUCUUCCUCCCUUCACUCAACAUGUCUUCACAUUGUCGUGUGGAACUGACCGCGUCAUCUACUGUGACGUCAUGCUGGGCGAGACGAGAUCCUCGACGGAGCGCCUCAUACAGAGUCAGUUGCCAGGAGGUCUGUUGGUGGAGAGGUCCUCAGACAAGGCCUUCUACUUUCUGCUCCACCAGGAGGACCCGUUUCCUCCAGCUCCCAUCCAUACUACAAUACUGCCAGACACCCUCGAGGCGACACAUCUUCCUCCAG